GGGAUAAAGAACAGCAAAUCAUCAACAUGAGUAGAACAGGAAUUCUUUUACCAUUUGCACUCGUGAUGGUCUUGAUCGUAAACGUUUCUGCUAAUUGUAAUAAGUUGUGCCCUGAAGCAACACCGUGCGCGAAAAUUCGCGAUCCAGUCUGCGGACUUUGCGAAGGCCGACUGUUAACAUAUGGCAACAAGUGUACGUUUGAUAAUUCAGCGAGGUGUUCUAACAAUGUUUUCGUCCACGUUGGAGAAUGCAAUUCAGUCAACCUAUGCAACGAAAGGUGUCAAUUGAGUCCAAUUUUUGUAUGCGGCUACGAUAAUAUUAGCGAAACUUACCAAACAUUUCCAAGCAGAUGCGAGUUAGAAAAAUACAACGUUUGCUACGGGGGAAGUUUUGAGGCAGUAUCUAUUGAUCAUUGUUUGGAAGUUUAAGACGAAUGUAUAAGAAUUAAAACACAAGAAGCAAUAAUUGUAAUGGAAACAAUUACAAUAUUCAUUUUCACACCACCAGAUUAAAUAUUGGAAUAUUUUGUGCAUUUCUAGUUGAAUUAUUGAUAUGUGUACUUUAGAAACAAAUAUUAACUGCGUUAUUGUGCUGUUUUCACGUUCUAAACACGACUGAAAUAUUUAAACUUACAUACUUAUUUUCACGAAUAACUUCAAACCGAUUUCUCCUUAAAGAAUUCAAGCCCCAAUUGCUCGGCCGACGGGCUUAAUUAGAUUUUAACAACUUGAUUUUCUUUGAUGUCUGACAUUUCUUUAGGAAAAGAAAGGGUUGGGAAUCAAUAAAAAAAGUAACACUCCAGGGAAAAGAGGACUGCUGUGACUACUAGGACCUAGUCUCAUCACCAUAAUCUUAAAAAUUUUCUUAUUUAGAUAGGCUUUUUCUUUUCUUAA